UAAGUAAAAAGAAAAUAAUAGGGGAAAAAAACCCACUCAAACUCUAGAAUAGGAUUUCCGUGUCGGAAGACGUUGCGGUUCUUCGGAUUCCGACCGGGGUUGAUGCGGAUCGUCGCCUCCACCGAGAUCUGAGGCUGUUGAUUCCUGGAAGAGAGGUUUAGGCUUCUGCAAUUGGAAAAUGUCUCGGUAUCAUGAGGAUGUUGAUGAAAUGGCAGACGCUUAUGAAAUGGGUGAUGGAGAGGAUGACAUGGAUGAAGAACUCCGUGGAAGAGGGAUGGGUGAUUCAGAUUCCGAGGAUGAAGAAUAUGGCCAAUCUAAUUAUAGGGUAACUGAUACUACAUCGGCCCAAGCAAGGAAAGGAAAGGAUAUCCAAGGAAUUCCAUGGCACAGUCUGAGCAUCACUAGGAAACAGUACAGACAGACCAGAUUAGAACAAUACAAGAAUUAUGAAAAUGUUCAAAAUUCUGGAGAAGCAUCAGAGAAGGAAUGUAAACCAACUGAGAAGGGAGGCAUGUAUUAUGAAUUCUGGCGAAAUACAAGAGCUGUCAAAUCAACUAUCCUUCAUUUUCAGCUGAGGAAUUUGGUUUGGGCAACCUCAAAGCAUGAUGUCUACUUGAUGUCAAACUAUUCUGUGCUUCAUUGGUCAGCAUUAAGUUGUCAAAAGUCUGAAAUCAUGAAUGUUUCAGGACACGUAGCACCUAGUGAGAAACACCCAGGUAGUUUAUUAGAAGGAUUUUCACAGACUCAAGUUAGCACAUUGGCAGUAAAAGAUAAGCUGCUUGUAGCCGGUGGAUUCCAGGGAGAACUCAUUUGUAAAUAUUUAGAUCGAGAAGGAAUCAGUUUUUGUUGCCGGACAACAUACGAAGACAAUGCAAUAACUAACGCAGUUGAAAUUUAUAACAGUCCCAGUGGUGCUGUUCACUUUAUGGCUUCAAAUAAUGACUGUGGAGUUCGAGAUUUUGACAUGGAGAAGUUUCAGCUUUGCAAGCAUUUCCCAUUCCCAUGGCCUGUGAAUCACACAUCACUAAGUCCCGAUGGAAAGCUUCUUGUCAUCGUGGGAGACAACCCUGAAGGAGUUUUGGUUGAUUCUCAUACCGGAAAGACUGUGCAUGAAUUGCAGGGUCACAUCGACUUCUCUUUUGCUUCAGCCUGGCAUCCGGAUGGCUUUACCUUUGCCACUGGCAACCAGGAUAAAACCUGCCGAGUUUGGGACAUUAGGAAUCUCUCCAAAUCUGUUGCUGCAUUGAGAGGCAAUCUCGGCGCCAUAAGAUCGAUCCGCUUCACGUCUGAUGGACGAUUUAUGGCAAUGGCCGAACCUGCAGACUUUGUUCAUGUCUUUGACGUCGGAAGUGGGUACAACAAGCAGCAGGAGCUGGACUUCUUUGGUGAAAUCUCUGGCAUAUCAUUCAGUCCCGACACGGAGGCUCUGUUUGUCGGCGUAUGGGAUCGCACCUAUGGGAGUUUGCUGCAGUACAACCGUCGCAGGAACUACUCGUACCUCGAUUCACUGCUUUGAUAUGAACAAAUAGCAGUGUCAAGUGUUGUGACUGUGUGAUAUACUACUGCCCCAAAUAGAGAAUGGGGGCCUUCAGAUGCAUCCUUCUUUCGUCGCUUGGCGUCAAAAGGCAACGAGAAUCAUGCUUGAUAUGAAUAAAUUUGUUGGAAGUGUUUGAAGAAAUGUACAGAUGCUUAGGGACAGCAUGAGAUAAAGACAAAAGACAAAGAAGCAUCAAGCUAAGCUCUCGAACUGUGCUUGAGGCCUUCUCUUUUAGAACUUUUGAGUGGUUCUUACAUAUCAUCGUUUCCGAUCUUUCUUGCUUGUGUAAUAAGAUUAGUCCAUCAUCUUUGCCAGGGGCGACCUCAGGUGUAAUUGUUGCUGUGACAUCCUACUUUAAUCUCCUAUCCAACAUGGGAAGAGGUUUGAGUUGGUUUAUAUGAUUAGAUGGAUCUCUUAUUAAAUCAAUGAUUCAUGUUCAUCAA